CAGGAGUCGUUCAGAAAGACGACUCGUUCGCUAACGUCUCACAUUUUACUACUAUGGCGGUCGACGCUAUAGAGCUGCUUCAGCUUUCAACCAAGCUUUCCUCAUGACUGUGGAUAUUCAAACUCCAUCUGUAUAAUAAACCGUGGCAAUGGCGGAGCGAGAAGAGCGACGCUUUGCGGAAGUUUCUCGGGAUUCCGUAAAACUGAUGGCGGAGAGUGCUGGAGUGGAGCUGGGCGACGACGUGGCCGCCCUGCUGGCUGAGGACGUUUGUUACCGAUUGAGAGAGGCCACGCAGAGCAGCUCUCAGUUCAUGAGACAUGCCAAGAGAAGGAAGCUGACAGUGGAGGACUUUAACAGAGCUCUCCGCUGGAGCAACGUGGAGGCUGUCUGCGGUUACGGCUCCCAAGAUGUCCUGCCGUUCCGCUCGGUGAAAGAAGGCGAGCUGUUUUUCACUGAGGAACGCGACAUCAACCUGGUGGAGUUGGCCCUGGCCACCAACAUUCCCAAAGGCUGUGCUGAGACCAUGGUGCGAGUGAGUGUAUCGUACCUUGAUGGGAAAGGCAACGUGGAAGCUCAGGGAACAGUUCCCUCAGCGGUCCAGUCUUUGUCGGAUGACUUGUUGAAGUACUACCAGCAGAUCACGCGAGCCAUCCUGGGAGAGGACCCCCAUCUCAUGAAGGUAGCUCUGCUUGACCUCCAGUCCAACUCCAAAAUGGCCGCCUUGCUUCCGUAUUUUGUGUAUGUCAUCAGUGGGGUGAAAUCUGUGAGCCAUGACCUGGAACAGCUCAACAGGCUCCUGCACAUGGUGAAGAGCCUGGUCCAGAACCCCUACCUGUACCUGGGCUCCUACGUACGCAGUCUGGUGUCCAGUGUCAUGUACUGCAUCCUGGAGCCUCUGGCGGCCUCCAUCAACCCUCUCAAUGACCACUGGACGCUCAGGGACUACGCAGCGCUGCUCCUCAGCCACAUCUUUUGGACUCACGGUGAUCUGGUGAGUGGACUCUACCACCAGAUUCUACUGUCUCUACAGAAGGUUCUGUCUGAUCCCGUGAGGCCGCUCUGCUCCCACUAUGGUGCUGUGGUGGGCCUCCAUGCUCUGGGAUGGAAGGCUGUUGAAAGGGUUCUAUUCCCGCAUCUUCCUGCCUAUUGGGCCAACCUGCAGGCCGUACUAGAUGACUACUCUGUGUCCAAUGCCCAGGUCAAAGCAGAUGGACACAAGGUCUAUGGAGCCAUCUUGGUGGCAGUGGAGCGCUUGCUAAAGAUGAAGGCGUUGUCUCUGUCCCAGCUGGCAGACGGAGGCUCCAGUGCUCUGCUGGGCUCGGCAGCAGGUGUUCUGGGUUACAGGGUGAGCUCCCCAGGUCUUAGCCCGCCUCCAGAACCUCUCUCCGAGGCAGCCUUGGGAAUUGCCAGCCACCUCCAGGCUGGCGGUGCUGGCUGCCCUUGGGAAGACUGGACCCCUGUACCGCUCCCUGCUAUGUAUUGUGAACUCUACUCCUUCUUUGGAGACAGCCUGGCCGUCAGGUUCAGUACCGGGCAUGGUUUUGGCGGCCGGGCGGCCCGGCUCGGUGUCGCCAGGAAGGAUCCCGCUGGAGCUUCCUCUAACCCUGACGCUACCCGGAAGAUGCCCCAGCUCACAGCCAAUCUGAACAUCAGCCCCAGGCAUGAUGGGAGUCCUCGGACAGAGCCGCCACCUCCCAGCCUGGCUCUGACUGGAUCCGGAAGGUCUUUGGCUCGCUCUUCCUCAUCCAUGCAGCGCUCCCGCUCCUCCGCUUCCCGUGCAGGCCAGCGCCAGCCGGGUCCAUCCCGGGAUGUUUUCCCUAAAGCUCGCUUCAUGUCUCCUCAAUCGGGGCCUUUGACUUUCUCUUUCCUCAUCGGCGGCAGACAAAUGGGACGCAGUUGCCGAGGCAGACGCCCUUUUCAAACCACAUUUGCUCCGACUCCAGCUCUCACCGCAGUGCCGCCACGCACGUACGCCCACAAGCUGCCCGUCAUCGGCAGGGUGGGUAAACCUGUUCGCUGCUGGGCUCGCUCCCACUAUUCCCUUCACCUCCCUCUUUAGACAAUUUCAAGAUUUUUUUCAACUUCUUUUGUCAUGUACUUCCUUUUCGUUGUUAAUAGUAAAUGUGGCUAUGGCACUUCAUUUUUUGGCAUAGUGUUGCAUCACAACAAAGGAUGAUUGCACUGAGCUGUUUUGUUAUUCUCAUUAAAAGACAGCACAUUGAAAUGUGUAGGACAUCUCCCUAUGCCCCUCUAUUAGUUAGCAUGUCCAGCUAGCUCACUUACAAAGUUCCAAAGACGCUACCACAACAUCCAAAGAACUGCAGGCCUCACUUGCCCCAGUUAAAGUCAGUGGUCAUGACUCCCCCCAUAAGAAAGACACUGCCAUGCAGGUCUUUUUGGUUCAAGGUUCCAAGAUGAAAAAGUAGCAUUUUUGUGAUGCUAAUGUACUACUUUUUUGAACAAAUGUUGUUUUGCAAAGCCAACUCUUUACUUAAGUAGCCCCAACAACUAACCGGAACUAUGCUCC